GGACCCCACCCCGCACGGCGAGCUGCCUGGCAACAACAUGAGAGAGAGAACAGGAAGGUCUGCAGCAGCCAAGUGAGCAACCUGCAGACUGUGGACAUUAAACUACCAGAAACAACGUUCAGCCGUACAAUGGAGGAUGCGGAGAAAGAUUCCCAGCAGCAUCCGGACUCAGUCCCAGAGGUGGGAGAAGAUGCAGUGACAUCUGUCGGUCCCUCUCCCCCUCCAUCCACCAUGACAGAGGAGGAGCAGCAGGAGUUGCAGGAAGAGUUGCUGAAGGUAGAGGAUGAGAUCCAGACUCUGUCCCAGGUGCUGGCAGCCAAGGAGAAGCAGUUGGCGGACAUUAAGAGGAAGCUGGGCAUCACACCGCUCAAUGAGCUGAAGCAGAACAUCACCAAAACCUGGCAGGAGGUCACCACCUCCACUGCCUAUAGGAGGACAUCUGAAACGCUCUCCCAGGCGAGUCUGAAGGCCACGGCAGCCUUCUCCAAUGUGGGCUCAGCCAUCACCCGGAAGCUUGAGGAUGUCAGGAAUGCACCAACAUUCAAGUCAUUUGAGGAGAAAGUGGAGACUUUGAAGACCAAGAUGACUCCAUCAGUGUCCACCGGUAACCCCGGGGACCAGGACAGCAGCGAACCAACCACCGAGUCUCUGCUCAGUCAGCCAGAGGGCUCGCCUAGCCAGGACACGCCAAUGCACUGAGACCUGCCUAACUCCUCCUGACCCCCACCCACCCCUCCUCACUUGACUCCCUGACCCCUGGACCAUCAACACUCACCCCUUAAACUCCUUGUGCCAGUCUCCUUUUAUUGGAAACAAAUGACCUAUCCCAGGCGUCGGUGUGAUCUAAUUGUCUGUUCUUUUUGUCUGACACAUGCGCUCACUAGAUAACUAGAUAGUGUGGAAACUGAAAGCAUGGGAUGGGUGCAGGCAUGUGGUCUCAUGCUGGUCAUAUAUUCUUGAGUCUACCCUGGCUUGUUGUGGGAGAAAAUCCUCUUUGCUGUAUGACUUUUCUUUACUCCUUUCCCUUUUCCUCUUGCACUCCUUGUUUUCCACUUUGGUCUAACCAGAAAAGCUCAGAUGCCAAAUAUGACCCUAUUUUUUUUUUUUUUUUUCCACUUUUUCACAUUUUAUGUUUGUUUAAGGUUGUUAAAGAAGCUUUACACUUAUGAACUUGAUUAGAGAAGAGUUUACACUUAAAAAACCUUUCUUUGUGUUCGAACCAGGCAGUUGUUGGCUUAUUGCUUCUGCAUGGCCCUUUAUUAGUUGUUAGAUUUAUUAUUAUUAUACGCCCUUGUUUUGUGGGCCACCAUUUUGGGGCUGUUCUCGGUUUACAAUGGGUUACUUUUUUUGGUGGUAACCUGAUUUCCAUUUUCUUCAUUGUAUUAAUAUUAGGACACCUCGCAAUCAUAAAGUAGUCUAACACUGUGUAUGCAAUAUGAAUGUAUGCCUUCUUGUGUUACAUAGCUACAACAGUUUGUUUUAUGUAGCCCACAGUACUGAGCUACCAACAGACUCCAAAGCUGGCAUUUCAAAACACAUUUCCGAAUAAAUAGAAUUAGAUGGUUAACAGGAAAACAGACAAGAUCUACAGCACAGAGGCAGAGCAAACACACAGUCAAGGUUCAGCCUUGACCCGGGGUGAGAGUGGAAUAAAUGUGUCUCUUCCAGAGCCAGUAUCAAUACUGACACAUUGUCCAUUGUUUCUGUGAGGGAGGUAACACCUAGCCUCCCCCAAGGCAGGAGAAUACUCCACUGGAUGUUAUUCUGCACACGGAUACAGGAUAAUAAUAUAGUAGAGUAGGGUACGCCAAAUUUUAUUUGAAAUUUGACAGUCCUGGCAAACUGCAGGAUUAUAUACAGUAUUUGUUGAAAAAGCUGCUUUCAUACAGACCAAACACCUUUUCUCAAUGUAAAAUGAAUGAAUUAGCUAAUAGCAACGUUAUACCUGCAAUCACAGUUUUCUUGAGUGGGCUUUACAAUCUCUUGCUGCUUCAUAUGAUUAUAUCCUCAAAACAAUUACUACUGAACAGUUACUCUCACCAGACACUUUUCUAGUCGACUAAUAUGCACAGGGCUACAGCCGAGGUUUCCUCCAGUAGACAAACGGUGGACACUUCUCCUCUGCUGGGGCACGAUCAGCCUGGUACAAGUCUUCCCCUGCUGGCUGACGACUGGCUAAACAUGAAUGUGAAUUAGCUCUCCCAAGAAGCAGGAUCAGUGUCCUGGGAGAACACCACAUAAGAAGACAGAUCAAGGGGGGAAUUUCAUGCUAACCGUGACACAACAGCGUAUGAGUCUGAGUCACCCUUGACAGCAGUGGGAUUUUUCCUGUAAUACAGUUUCUCAUGUCCUCAUGUAACAUCACUUCCCAGCCGUGACCCAGAUCACUUUGAAAAUUCAUUACAGCCAUUUAUCUCAGCCUUCAAACAGACAUCAACAUCUAAUAGAACACACACACACGCACACGCACACACACAAUUUGUUUAGUUCUUAAUUGGCAUAGUGGAUUAAAGAAAUUUAGUCUAAUUAAAAAUACCUCUGAGGUAACCUGACUCCGUGUUAACUGUCAGCCCCUUUUUUUCCCCCUGCAACGGGAGGUCCCCAGUUGCAGCAUAACACUGUGUAUUUCAUUACAUGGAAGGGUGUGUGAUAUGGGAAAGCACACACUUGAAUUACCCCUCAGAGAAUUAAAAAAAAAAAAAGGUGAUCAUACUGUAUGUCUGAAACUGGAUUAGGGCUAAACUAAACCUCCCUCGACGGCACUGCCUAAUUUGAACACAAGAGGGCAGUCAAGAACCUAAACUGCACAUGAUGACUUUAUUUUUCUCAGCACCAAGACUGAACUGACUCAUAGUUAUGAGCUGGUGGCUGUUAUAUUUAGUAGAUCUCUCAGUAAGCCAACUUCCAAGAGGAGCUAAAAGUCCUGAUUAGUUAGACAUUUUCUGCCAGAGUUAAACCAGUUUGGGCUAUUUCACAUGAGGUUUUUCUGUUGUGUUGGGUUAUCUUUGCUCCUCUUGCUGGUCUGAAGUGGGCAGGGAUGGAAAAAGGUGAUGUCUUGCGUUUCUGUGUACCAGUCGGGAAUUAAAUCUGAACUCUUAGUUGUGUGACUGUUUCUCAUGCUGCCAGACCAGUGUCAAACAAAUCCGAUCACAGCACACCAACACGGUCCUGAUGAAGCAGAUCACCCGAGUUUUGGAGUUUUUGACUUUGAUUGUUGCUCAUUUAGUCACGAAGAAAUAAUGUUAACAAUAGAUAAACAUUUACGAUUUAAGAUCCAAGUUUACUGUGAUUUUAACACCUUAAAAUAUACUGCAAAAGAAGACUGUGUAAAGCCAGUGGGGAAGCGGAUGAUUAAAUUUAGCUUUCACUAUGACAAUGUUGUUUAUGUUUAACAGGGGAAGUCAGUCAAUUUUUAAGUCUAAUUUUAGAGGAAGAUUCUUACUGAUCAUCCACAUUUGUGCCCAGCUACUUUUUUUGUUUAGCCAUGAAUUUCAUCCUUAUUGGGCUGAGAUGAUGCUCCAUUGAAGCUUACUUUGAACCUGUUUUCCUACAUGAGGGCAUCUCUCAUAAAGAACAGACUGUCACCACUCCGGACAGCAUUACUGACUUAGAGAGGGGCAGUGGGGGAGGAAGUAUUUCGAUUUUUACGUAAGUAAAAUAAGCAAUAGUAUAAUGUAAAAAUACACUCUUGCGAGUAAAAGUCUUGCAUUCAAAGUCUUAUUGGGGUAAAGGUAUGUUUAGCAGCAAAGGAUAUGGAGUAUCACCUUACGCAACAGAAUGACCUCUGUUAUAUUGUUGUAUAUAAUUUUAUUGGGUUAGCUCUCAUGUCAAUGUAGUGCAGUAAAAAGUACAAUAUUUGCCUCUGAAAUGAGUAUAAAGUAGCAGCAAAUCAAAAAACUAAAGUAAACUAAGUCAAAAUUAACCUUAGGUACAGUACUUGAGUAAAUGUACUUAGUUACAUUCCACUACCGGAGACGGUGACUCAUCAUAAAAUGAGUUACUUUUGUGCUUUUUUCUUCCUGGUCUGUUCCUUGUACUCGGCAGAGAUGAGAAAAGACACAGUGACAGAAGCUAACAAACAGCUGCCAAAAAAUCUUUAUUCAGUUAUAACCAGAUGCGUCCAGAGUCUUCUAGUUGCACAGAUCGCUCUGGAGUAGGUCUAAACUGUACACCGACUCAAACAACAACAGCACCAGAACGCAAUUUGUCAGUAAAACACCAUUUACAACAAGAACAAUGGCAGUUUCUACACACAGAGAUCGGAGAAGAAAAAAAACUGGUACAGGAGUUAACAGUCAGUGUGCAUCGAUUCUUCUUCUUGGAGAAUAAUAAUCAUAUAUUCAUAGAAUUCAUUUGAUAAUAUUGUGGAAAGAAUAUAACAAAACAUCAUUGGUGCAAUAGAGUGUACAAUUUGUGACAGAGCAGAUACAUAUUGCAAGUGCUUUUUGUGGUGUAUAAAGUUACUAAUAAAGAAUGCCAUAUAUAAACUCAGUGUCUGACACUGACAGCUGUUUGUGUGUGUCUUAUGAUGAAGCAGGCCUGGUUUUAAAUGUGCAGAAAGAGAACAUUCGGGUUCAAACAUGGCUUUGAAUGUGCGAGCUCAGAAGGCAGAAAAGACCUUCAGAAAUUGUCCCGAAUGACUUGCCAUCCCUGCAUACAGUUGAAGUGUACGCACUUCGAUGUACAUUUUUAAAGAAAUGGUUUGACGCUUUGGGAAGUAUGCUCAUGAAUUAUGUUAAGUCAUGUUUGUACCUUAAAAAUACGAAGCUACAACCGGCAGCCAGUUAGCUUAGCUUAGCAUAAAGACUGGAAACGGGGAAACUGAAAGUCUGGCUCUGCCCAAAGAAAAAAAUAAUCAGCCGAUCAGCACCUUUAAAACUAAUUAACAGAUUAUAUCUUGUUUGUGUCAUCUGUAAAGACAACAUGGUCUGGAGUUAUGGACUCAAUUUUUUGGCCAGGCACAGUAACUUCCAGUUUUUUUGCUAAGCUACGCUCACAUAGCAGACAUGAGAGUGCAAUCAAUCUUCUCAACUAAAAAAAAAUUGAAAAAAUGUCCAGUUUAGAUGUGCUGGUAGGCAGAUUUCUGAACUUUGGACACAGCCAUGCUUGCGGUUUCCCCCCUGCUUCCAGACUGUAUGCUAAGCUAAGCUAAGGGGCUGAUGGAUGUAGCUUCAUAUUUAAUGCUCAGAGUUGAGU